AUGGCCUCCAGCCAGUCAGCAGACGGACCAUCUACCUCCCAGUCCCAGGAGAUGGCCUCCACCCAGUCAGCAGACGGACCAUCUACCUCCCAGUCCCAGGAGAUGGCCACCCAGUCAGCAGACGGACCAUCUACCUCCCAGUCCCAGGAGAUGGCCUCCACCCAGUCAGCAGACGGACCAUCUACCUCCCAGUCCCAGGAGAUGGCCUCCACCCAGUCAGCAGACGGACCAUCUACCUCCCAGUCCCAGGAGAUGGCCACCCAGUCAGCAGACGGACCAUCUACCUCCCAGUCCCAGGAGAUGGCCACCCAGUCAGCAGACGGACCAUCUACCUCCCAGUCCCAGGAGAUGGCCACCCAGUCAGCAGACGGACCAUCUACCUCCCAGUCCCAGGAGAUGGCCACCCAGUCAGCAGACGGACCAUCUACCUCCCAGUCCCAGGAGAUGGCCUCCACCCAGUCAGCAGACGGACCAUCUACCUCCCAGUCCCAGGAGAUGGCCUCCACCCAGUCAGCAGACGGACCAUCUACCUCCCAGUCCCAGGAGAUGGCCACCCAGUCAGCAGACGGACCAUCUACCUCCCAGUCCCAGGAGAUGGCCACCCAGUCAGCAGACGGACCAUCUACCUCCCAGUCCCAGGAGAUGGCCUCCACCCAGUCAGCAGACGGACCAUCUACCUCCCAGUCCCAAGAGAUGGCCUCCACCCAGUCAACAGACGGACCCUCCCUGGUGUGUGAGGGAGUAGUAGCCAGCCCUGUUCCUGAGAUGAACAACGACAGCAGGGCCUGA